AUGGUCUUCUGUCUCUCUUCCUCCCACGCGAGCCGAACGAUUUGCCCCCAUCUCUUUUUUUUGUAUUUUGAUGAUUUUCACUCAGGUGCAGCUGCCAAAAGUGUGAGCCAGCAUUCUGCUAGUUUCGAGUCCCCAGCAUCCUGUCUGAUAUUGGUUCGGCGUGCAUUUCUUCUGUACCCGUCAGCCCUGGUGGCACUACUUACUACGAUUGCACGUCUGGGGAUUUCCACGAUCGGCAUGUGGGAUCCUGUGUUCCUCGACGUUGCCCUGUCACGCCUCCAGUCUCACAUUCAUUUCAAUGCCGACGGCCGUUCGUCACGGUGCCUUGGCGUCUGCCAGAGGUUGGCGCAGCCCAGCAGCGCCGCCAGUGUGCAGUUUUUCCCCGAGUGGCGGCGGAGUCUCGCGGCGGAGUUUCUACCCAGGCCCUGA